AUGUGCUUGCGUGGGAGAGGUGGAAAUGGGUUCACCCAGUGUCCUAGUCUUUGGCACAGGGACUUGCGCUCUCACUGCCCCACCAGCAAGCACCCAUCCUUGGCUGCAGUCCUCUGCCCACUCUACACCUCUACCCUGUCCAUGUCUAAGCUGUCCACCUGCCAGGCAGAACUCAGUCAGGUUAAGGAGUCACAAAGAGGGCGAGUGAAACCUAAGAGCAUUAAUAGAUCCAUUUCAGUAACUGAGCAGGAAAUGGCCCAUGAGGAAUUCAAUCUUCAAGUUGCUUCUCAGGAGCUUCAAGGGACUGACAAGAACUAUCUCUGCAAAGGGAGGUACAUUGCUGAGAUUCUGGGAAUCAUCUGCCUUGUCUUGAUGUCCACUGUGGUAAAAAUAAACGUUAUUCCCUCUACUGAAGGACCAGAGCAGGACAAAACGUCCCUGGAAACAAAGAUCCAGAAAGCAUGUCUCUGUUGUCAUUGUCUGAAAGAGUGGUUUACGUAUUCCAACAAUUGCUAUUACAUUAGCACUGACAGAAAAUCGUGGAAGGAGAGUUUGACGUCCUGUGCUUCUAAGAAUUCUAACCUGCUCUACUAUGAUGAUGAAGAGGACAAG